AUGUGUGGUCGUUUUGCUUGUGGUUUAUCUCCUGAUGUUGUACGUCGUCUUUCGACUUACAUGCAUUCUCAAACAAAUGAAAAAAUUAUACCACCAUUUAUUGAUUUAAUGCCAUUAACACGAUCUUUUCGACCAAAUUGGAAUUUAUCUCCAACUUCUACUUGUCUUUGUUUAAUUUCGGCCAAACAUCUAGAUGAAACCGAGGAUUCAUCAACAAGAGCUCUCUGUUCAAUGCGUUGGUCUCUUGUUCCACAUUAUUUUAAAGGCAAUAUAUCGGAAUUUAAACCAGUUUUAAAUAAUUGUCGAUCAGAAACUAUUGAUGAAAAACCUACAUUUAAACGACCAUUAAGAAAUGGUCAACGAUGUGUUGUGCUUGCUGAAGGAUUCUUCGAAUGGAAGAAGAAUGUAUCAAAAAUGCCUUAUUUCAUCUAUCAAUCACAACCAUUUCUUAAUGAAAAACGUUAUCCAAAUAUUAAUGUUGACAAAGUUCUUGAAAAUAAUGAAAAUAAAUUACCAUUGUUGGCUAUGGCUGGUCUUUUUGAUAUUAACCGAAAUUGCGAAAAUGAACCAUUAUAUUCAUGUACAAUAUGUACAGUCAAUGCUAGUGAACCAAUGCAAACUGUACAUGUUCGAAUGCCGGCUAUUCUAUCAAGUCAACAAGAAAUCGAUGAAUGGCUUGAUUUUGGUCGAUAUAAAACUGAAGAAGUUAUUCCAUUACUUGUGCCACAUGAUGAUAUUCAAAUGUAUCGAGUAACACCAAAUGUAGGUUCAACAAGAGUAAAUAAUAUGCAUAAUAUUCGACCGAUGAAUAUCGAUAAAGAAAAUAAAACAUUAUCAAACAAUUUGAAUACACUUGAUUCAUUUGUAAUUAAAAAAGCACCAAGUAAAUAUUUUGAUGAUCAUGUAUUAAAAGAUGAAAGUAAUAAACCAUUAUCUCAUAAACGUACACAAGGAGCAAUUGAUGAUUAUAUGUAUAAAGAAUCGAAACCAUCUGUAAAACGAUUUAAAAAAUAG